GAGAAGAUGGCUGAUAAGUGUCACUUGUGUCUGCUGGGACUGAUCUUUCUCUGUUCACUUCUCACAGGUCUCAGUGGAGUGGAUGAUGCUCAUGUGUUCAUCAGUUCUGGUGAAGAUGUCCGUCUGCCCUGUAAUAAUGCUCUUCCUGGCUGUAAAUCAACUACAUGGAUCUAUAAUAACAGAUUCAGUUAUUCACCAGCAGUUGAACUGAUUAAUUCAGGGAGAAAGAAGACAGACACAGAGAGACAUGAGAGACUGAGUCUGGAGUCUGACUGCUCUCUGAACAUCAAGAGCGUCACAGAAGAAGAUUAUGGAUCUUACAUCUGCCAACAAUAUGUGAAUGAUCAACAUGAAGGUCCUGAUGCUCGUGUUUAUCUGCAUGUUCUUCAUGUCUCUUCAUCACCGUCACAGACUGAGAUCAGUGCAGGUCUCUCUCUGACUCUCUUCUGUCAGUUGUAUUUAUAUUCAUCAUAUGCUCAAGUCUCUUGUGAUGAUUUGAUCCGUUCUGAGCGAAUUGAUCUGUUCUGGGUGAAUCAGGCUGGUGAUAAACUGACAAACUCAGACUCCAGAAAUCAGAUAUCAUUCUCAUCAGAUCACUGUAUCAGCUAUCUGAAGACAAUAAUCCAGAAUGAAGAUCACAACAGAGAGUGGAGAUGUAAUAUUACUCAGAGAGAUCAAGUCAAGACCUCAGUCUCAUACACUGUCAAGAUCUCAGAUCAAGCUGAUUCAACGACAGCAGUCACAAACUCUCAGCAUCGCUCAACUACAAACACAGAUGACACUGAAGAUCAAACUAAAAGAGUAACAGCAUUGACUCCAGCAGAAACAUCUACACAAGAUGUCAGAAGAGAGACUGAUGACUCUGUGGAGCAGACAGAUGAUGUGACUUAUACUGAAGUUACUGUGCGCAGUAAAAACAGAGCCAAGAAGAACAAGGUUCGCUGUGAUGAUAAAGUGACUUACGCUUCCAUCAGAGGAACAAAAGCUGGAGCUCAGGAAAACUGCAGUCAACUUUAUGCCUCUGUGAACAAGAACCAUCACAAAUCAGACAAAUAAUUAUACAGAAACCACACGAGCAGAGGAGAAUGAACCGUGACUCCUGAUGGUUUCUUUCACUGCCAUUAUAAUAAUAUCACAUGUUGAGAAACCAGCUCUGAUUUAUUAAUAGUUAUUGCUGAUUCUGGUCAGAUUAUUGUGUUAUUAGGGAUCCGGAGAGCAGCAGUGAUCCAGAUUUAUGAAAGACUAAAUCUAGAUCAUUGUCAUCCAAUCCAAUUUAGCUUUGAAAAACCAUCAGGAAGUGA